AUGCAGCCUGCAGUUGUUGGCACUCGUGCGCACUCGGGGAUUCUCACCCCCUCUCUUUAUUCCCUUUCUCCCCUUUCUCCCCUUUCAUGGGUCAACAUAUUUCUUUCUUUCGUUCUUUCUUUCUUUUCUCUAUCAUUUCUUUCUUUCGUUCUUUCUUUCUUUUCUCUAUCAUUUCUUUCUUUCUUUCUUUUCUCUACCAUUUCUUUCUUUCUUUCUUUCUUUCUUUCUUUCUUUUCUUUUUCUUUCUUUCUUUCUUUCUUUCUUUCUUUCUUUCUUUCUUUCUUUCCUCUACCAUUUCUUUCUUUCUUUUCUCUACCAUUUCUUUCUUUCUUUCUUUCUUUCUUUCUUUCUUUUCUUUACCAUUUCUUUCUUUCUUUCUUUCUUUCUUUCUUUCUUUCUUUCCUCUACCAUUUCUUUCUUUCUUUUCUCUACCAUUUCUUUCUUUCUUUCUUUCUUUCUUUCUUUCUUUCUUUCUUGUUCACUCACUCUCUUUUCUUUUUUUUUUUUCUUUCUCGUUUUUCCACUUCUUUAUUUGACUUAUCAUUUUUAUUUUUUUUUCUUUUCUCCUUUACUUUCUUUCUUUCUUUCUUUCUUUCUUUCUUUCUUUUCUUUCUUUCCAUUUUCUUUGUUUUUAUUAUUCCGUUUUUUUUUACUUUUUCCACCUUCAUUUUAUUUUCUUUUCUUUCUUUCUUUUCUUUCUUUCUUUUUUCUUUUCUACCAUUUCUUUCUUUCUUUUCAUUUUCUUCCGUUCAUUUUUUCUUUCUUUCUUUCUUUCUUUCUUUCUCUUUCAUUUCUUUUCUUUUUCUUUCUUUCUUUCUUUCUUUUCUCUAUUCAUUUCUUUCUUCUUUCUUUCUUUUCUCUAUCAUUUCUUUCUUUCGUUCUUUUUUCUUUUCUCUAUUUUCUUUCUUUUUCUUUUCUCUACCAUUUCUUUCUUUCUUUCUUUCUUUCUUUUCUUCUUUCUUUCUUUCUUUCUUUCUUUCUUUUUCUUUCUUUCCUCUACCAUUUCUUUCUUUCUUUUUUCUUUCUUUCUUUUUCUUUCUUUCUUUUUCUUUCUUUCUUUUCUCUACCAUUUCUUUCUUUCUUUCGUUCAUUUCUUUCUUGCUUUCAUUUCUCUACCAUUUCUUUCUUUCUCUCUUUCUUUACCAUUUUUUUCUUUCUUUCGUUCUUUCUUUCUUUUCUAUACGAUUUCUUUCUUUCUUUCUUUCUUUCUUUCUUUUCUCUACCAUCCAUUUCUUUCUUUCUUUUUUCUACCAUUUCUUUCUUUUCUCUACUAUUUCUUUCUUUCUUUCUUUCUUUCUUUUCUUUUCUUUCUUUCUUUCUUUCUUUCUUUCUUUCUUUCAUUUCUUUACCAUUUCUUUAUUUCUUUCUUUCUUUACCAUUUCUUCCUUUCUUUCUUUCUUUCUUUCUUUCUUUCUUUCUUUCUUUCUUUCUUUCUUUCUUUCUUUUGUGACUUUCAUUGUUUCCUUUCCUGUUUUUCUUACGUCCGCUCCCCUAAAGACACAUUCACUUCAUCGCUGUGUCUCCCUUCUGAUUUCACCCCAGGCCUCCGCACGUCUGGAGCUGAUUGUUUCUUAUUAG